AUGUCGUCAAUCAUCCGCCUCCUCGUCAUUUCCGAUACUCACUCCACUUGGCCCUACACCCCAGACUGCCCUGCACCUUCAUGCGACAUCCUCAUCCACUGUGGUGAUCUCACCCAAGUCGGCGGUCUUCCCGCAUACAGGAAGGCUAUGGAAGAUAUUCAGACCGUCGACGCAGAGCUCAAACUCGUCAUCGCCGGCAACCAUGACCUCGAUCUCGAUGAAGAGUGGGUGCGCAAGAACGCUGAAGAUGGGGAAGAGGAAGAAGAUAUAGAGGACAGUAGGAAAUGUGUCAAUUUCAUGAAGUCGCACGAGAAAGAGGGUGUAUACUACCUGGAAGAGGGUAGACAUGAGUUCAAGCUGAAGGAUGGGAGAAGCUUCAGUGUCUGGGCGAGUCCGUAUACGCCGGAGUUUAAUGGGUAUGCAUUUGCGUACGGAAAAGACGAAGAUCGAUUCUGCGACAUACCCGAAGAUAUCGACAUCUUGAUGACACAUGGACCGCCUUCAUUCACUGACGAACUCGGCUACGGUCUCGAUGUCAAUGUGAAAGGGGAGAGCUGCGGAUGCAAGAUGCUAGGCGAUGCAGUAAAGAGGGUGAAAUCAAGGCUGCACUGUUUCGGGCAUGUGCACGAAGGGAGAGGUGCUGUGAAGAUGCAGUGGUCUGAGAUGGGAAAUGGGAAUGAAAGAGUGAAGGUACUGCCAGAUGACGGGAAAGUCCUUAGCAUCAGUAAAGAACAAGGAGGGACGAAUUCCGUGCUAGUGAACGCGGCGAUGUAUCAAUCAAUGGCCAGCCCCUACUCAGACAGUACCAGCGCACACGAGACUCACGGACCCGCCGACCGCCUCGAGCAUCUCGUACACACCUACGGAGUCGACCUUGUUCGCCACUCCCCAAUCUUCAAACUUCAAAGGCGAUUCGGACUUCCAGGCGCAGCUCUUCUUGUAUGCCUUGCCCUCAUCAUGUCGGUCUACGUCGACAUAACAUUCGGCUACGGCGUAUACUCCUACGGCUUCUUGGGCAACAAAGCAGCCGAUAAUGUCAUGGUUAUUCUGUUGAUCGUGGUGGUCGCUUUUCUGUGGGUGAUGGCUCGCAUUUUCUGGGUAACGAACUCGGAAAGGGAAGUUUCGGGACUAAGGAGGCAUUCGUACAUGUUGGGUAGGCAGCAUGUUGCGAGGAGAGAUGAGGGCGCGGAUGAAGCGGUGAUUGUCGUGGAGAGACAGGAUACGGUUUGA